CUCUCCCUUUCGCGCGCUUCUUCGACCAAAUUCCGUAAAUCCGCCGAACUAGAGGAUUUAGUAAAUCCAGGAUUUACGGCAAAAAGAGGGAAACGGAGGAUUUCUUCCGCCAUGAGAUUUACGGGGCGCUCAAAUCCCGUUUGGCAGGAUUUUUCCUUCUCAAAUUCUGCAUAAAUCCUGGUACCAAACAGCCCCUUAAAAAUUUCUCUUAUCGCAUUACUCUGCUCGUUUCCCACAGCAUGGAAGCAAAAGCAGAAAGUGAAGAAACCCUAGAAAAGCUCCUCGAAGCAUCCAAAAAACCAGAGGACUGUGCCCAACUCACCACCACCGGAACCAUAGAAACCUCUGCGCUGGCCAGGCUGCCAACCAGAAUGCCUUCCUCAACAACGGUGGCUCUGCUGUGAUGGAGGCCGUCCUCGGCUCGCCCCUUGCAACGGCAGAGAUCCGUCGGGUUGGGCUGCAGCUUCUAGGGAAUGUCGCCUUAGCAGGGGAGGAACACCGUGCGGCCGUGUGGGCAGCCAACUUUCCGUCACGAUUCUUGGAACUUGCAGAGUUUAGGGAGCCAAGGGUUUGCGAUGCUCUGUGUAUGGUGUUAGACACCUGCUGCUCAUCAGGGGGUGGGCGUCGAAGGCUUGAAGAGCUUUGCGAUGAUGAGAAGGGAAUGCCUAUUAUGCUGGAGAUCAUCAUGACAGCUUUGACUGAUGGGUAUCAGGAAGAGUGGCUAGAGUGGCUUGUUACUAAAAUAUGCAUCGAGGAGCCAUACUUCUCGCAAUUAUUUGAAAAGACGGGCCUUGCCAGGGAUGGUUAUAGUUAUACUGAUGAGAAAUAUACCGUUUUUACUAACACCCAAGCAUUUCUUCUCGGACUCUUAUCAAAAUGCCUUAGUGAAAGGCCUGGAGACAUCAGCGUGACCAAUAAUUUUGUCCUUGGCAUCCAGAAAGUUUUCAAGGAAGCUUCUAAUGUUACAGAUUUCAUUUCAAGAGGAACCUCUGCUCUUCCAACGGGGUUCCCCACAACUGAUGUGCUUGGUUACUCUCUCAUAAUUUUGAGGGAUGCUUGUGCUUGGGAAGAUCCUUCUUUGGCAAUCUUAGAAGCUCCAGUGAACUCAUUACUAUCAGCUGGUCUCGUGGAACUUGUUUUGGGUUUUCUCCAGGAACUGGAACCACCUUCCAUUGUAAGGAGAUCCAUGGAAAAUACAGAGGCGAAGAAGGUUUGCCCUUACAGAGGGUUUAGGAGGGAUUUAGUUUCAGUCAUUGGUAAUUGUCUGCACGGGAAGAAGGAAGUUCAAGAUGAGAUCAGGAAGAGGAAUGCAAUUCCUUUGCUUUUGCAACAAUGUGUUGUUGAUGAUGAUAACCCUUUUUUGAGAGAAUGGGGGCUGCUGACGGUAAGGAAUUUGCUAGAAGGAAACUUGGAAAACCAGCAGUGUAUAGUUGAACUUCAGCUGCAAGAUACUGUAAAUACGCCAGAAAUUUCAGGGCUUGGAUUAAAAGUGGAGGUAAACAAGAACACUGGUCGUGCAAAACUUGUUAAUGUUUCUUAGUGUGAGUUGUUCUUACUAUAAUCAGAAAUGUAGCAAAAAUGCCCUUAAGAAUGGAUUAAAAAAGUUUGUAUUAUUUUUUCCUGAUACCUUUGUAUGACAUUUUUGUCAGCCCGGUGUCCAAUUGCAGCAUACUUUCUUGUUGCU